UGCGCACGGUUGGACAGGCCUUCUUCCUUCUCGCCGAACGCCGCCGCCAUGGUGUUCAGGCGCUUCGUGGAGGUUGGCCGAGUGGCCUACGUCUCCUUUGGGCCUCAUGCCGGAAAGUUGGUCGCGAUUGUAGAUGUUAUUGAUCAGAACAGGGUAAUUAAUCUUUGGUCUUGGCUUUCUAGUGCCCGCCAGAAGUAUGUCCGACAAGCCUGGCAGAAGGCAGAUAUAAAUACAAAAUGGGCAGCCACAAGAUGGGCCAAGAAGAUUGAAGCCAGAGAAAGAAAAGCUAAGAUGACGGACUUUGAUCGUUUUAAAGUAAUGAAGGCAAAGAAAAUGAGGAACAGAAUAAUCAAGAAUGAAGUUAAGAAGCUUCAAAAGGCAGCUCUCCUAAAAGCUUCUCCCAAAAAAGCACCUGCUAAGGGUGCUGCUGCAGUUGCAGCAGCUGCUGCUAAAGUUCCAGCAAAAAAGAUGACCACUGCAGGCAAGAAGGCUCCAGCCCAGAAGGUUCCUGAAUUUCGAGCUUCACCAGACAGAUCUAUAGGAGAAUAUACAAAGGGAGAAUUUGCAGGAUCCUAUGAAUCAGUGGAGAAGGUGGUUGAGAACAGUUCUGCAGGUUCUUGUUUUUCCAAACAAGAGGGCAGUACAUGA